AAUUGGCUGAUCUACCUAGUCAUUUUGCCCACCGCGCUAACCCAUGGAAAUGGGGGAAACGGGAAAAGAAAAACUGGCCUUUUCAGUUCCCACACCAUCGCGAUUCACGACUCCUCCCGCCUCCUGAAACCCUACCCUAGGUUUUGUAUUUCUUCUCGAGCUCUGUUCUUCCGAUCUCUUCAAGCUUCCAAUCUCUCCGUGCUUCUUCUCCGUCAGCUCCCGUCCGAACCCUAACUUUCCAUUUACUCGAGUAUGACUCCCCAAAACCCAGGACACUUUUUCGCUUUGUUCAGGCUGCAUCAUGCAGCUAUGGAACAAGCGUUCCGAAGGGAGAAGUUGAAAUCUAAGGCUAUUUCGUACUUCACUGUGGUUACUGGGCUCAUCAGUACCGCUUCUACGUUGAGGACCGUUGUGACCGACCUCGGUAACGAGAAGAAGACUGCUGAUAAAUUUCUCCAAAUCAUGAGGGCGGUGCCUGGGCAGUCAGACAGACCAGAGUGAUGUGGGGUGAAGAUGAAUGGAGAAGAAGGCUGACUGCCAUUAUUGUGAUUUUUUGUUUGUAAAGUUUGUAGUAGUAUAUUUUCGUGGCCGAAGAAUAUUGAUACUAUCUUCACUCUGAAUCUCUAAGCAAAAUCUUGGGUUAAUUAAUUGUGUUUCUGACUUUCUGUUUCCUUAGUGCUUGGUAAGACUUAAGAUUUCCUUGGCAAUCCCAUGAAGUCUCUUCCUAUUUUGCUUUUGUAAUUUAUAUAGGAUUUACUUGGAGAAGGAACCUUGCCUGUUAAGGAGAAAUAAAUAGGUGAAGUGUCUGGUCCUUCCUGACAGUUGAAAUGGGUUCAGAUUACAAUGGUGAUCAUUCAAAUGAAACAAGUGGUCCAUCAGUGUCAGUUGAACAAGUUGUAAACAGUGAAGCUAGUUUACCAAUGCUAUUGAGAAGAAUGUAGACGCAAGAGAUCCUUAAUAACGUAGUGGGCGAGAAGAGAAUGCCUAUCACUUCCUGAAGGAACAGCUUCCGUGCAUGGCCUUAUAGCAAUGGCGUCUGAUUAUUACAGUGUUCUUCAGGCAUUAAGUGGCAGUGAAAGAGAAGGUGCUCCACUGGUGUGCCACAAAUCUCACGAAUGCAAGAGAGUGAAAGUUCUGCUUAGUGAGCGAACAGUGCUGCCUGUUUAAACAACAGCAGAUGGAUGCAUGUCUCUUUUGAAGAGAGUGCGUAUGCAGCUUGACUCUUGAUUAUUGAAGACAUGCUAUUUAUUUUGAAGGCAGGUGGUCAGCCUCGUGCAGUUGGGUAAAGGACGCCUCGUUUCCUGUUUCAUAUAACAAAGACAAUGGGAUAUAUAAUGAUUUUCAGCCUAACAGGAAGUUAGAUGCUGAUUCCAAGGAAGAAGAGGUAGCACAUGUUGCUGCCUUGGUAUUAGCUGAGACAUCACACAGAGGAGACUCUCAAGUUUCCCAGACAUCCCGUGGCAGAAUUGAGCAGGGCACUUCGUCACUUGUUAAAAGCAAAGAUAAGAAGUUGAUCAUGUCAUCCUCUUCCUUUUCCUUGAACAGAAUGUGACGAACUUGAGAUUCUAACAUUAUCAGUUCUUUGAUUAUAUCAGCUUUCAGUAGUCUGCUGUAACAGAUAUGUAUAUCCUCAAUUUGUUUGUGCAGGUAGAGUUGGCUCUAGAAGAACUUCAAUGUCUCCAUACAUGAUGGUCGGAUACAGGGGCUAGGAGUAAGGGUAUUAAGAACGUUGAGUAUGAUGGAGAUGUAGAAAGAAGAUUCAUGGAAAGAAAAUGAAAGUUGAUGGUACACAAAAUUCUGGGGGGCAUAGAAGAAGGUAAAAAAGUGAGUGGUUUUGAGCAGAAAAUUUUAUACAAAGAUUUCAAAUGGAAAGCUUAAGGUGACUUCUCCUUAAGGCAAAAAGAGGAGAAGCAAGUAAAUUUUCUCUGAAGACAUUGCCUGAUCUCUCUGCCAUGGACUCUGAGUCAUCUGCCCAACUGAAGGAAGAAACAAGUACAGUCGAUUUGGAGAGUAAAUCUGUCCACCAGAAAAGAGACAUACCUGAAGUCUCAUACAUGAAGGAAAUAAGUAAGCUGAUACAGUCAUUGGAGUUGUAGCUACCACCUCAAGGAAGUCAAGUCCAGAAGAGUUGCAGAAGCCGAUGUUAGACAUGCUUGUGAAGCCAAGCAGCCAAAUGAUUCCUUGAAUGAUUCUUUUAUACAUAAGCUGGGUUGCCCAAAAUUUUCUGUACUGUUUCACUAUUUGUCGUGUAGUGGAAAAACCUUCUUCAGCCCGCUCUGGAAAAAACCUUCUUCGCAGCCGGCUCCACCGAAAACAUCGAAAAUUUUACCCACCCUCGCAGCCGCCCAUGCUUCUGUAUCCCCUUCCCUUCACCUUUAGUCCC